AUGAAAGACAGAUGGUGUCUACGAUCUUGCAGAGCAAGGGAAUUUGCGCUGCAAUUUCGAAGAUCACAACACUUCCUCACUGCUAGCGGAAAGCCUCGAACAGAAGUCGCCUUGCCCAGCCAAGCUCCACCAUCCGGCGUGGCCCAAUAUGCACCGUCAGUACUCCAUAUCCUCCAAUUAGUCCCUGAGUAUGGAUAUUUUGACAAGGAUAUUAUCACCAGAACAACCCUCGAUCAAAUUGCGAACUGGGCCCGACAAAGCUCCUUAUAUCCGAUGACCUUCGGGCUUGCCUGCUGUGCGGUGGAAAUGAUGCAAAUGGCUGGCCCACGGUAUGAUGUCGACCGCUUGGGGCUGCUUUUUCGGGCUUCUCCGAGGCAGUCGGACCUGAUGAUUGUUGCGGGCACCGUGACAAACAAAAUGGCACCUGCACUUCGGCAGGUGUAUGAUCAGAUGCCGGACCCAAGAUACGUUAUCAGUAUGGGCAGCUGUGCGAAUGGCGGUGGUUACCAUCACUAUAGUUAUUCCAUCGUUCGAGGCUGCGAUCGGAUUGUGCCUGUUGAUGUCUAUGUUCCUGGGUGCCCACCAACGUCGGAAGCUUUGAUCUAUGGAAUUUUCCAAAUUCAGAAGAAGAUACGGAGGACUCAGACGACACGCAUGUGGUACAGGCGAUAG